AUGGGUGUGCAUCUAGGCUAUGGGGCCAUGGAGCCGCAUGCAAUUCUUGGCGAUCUGUUGAAAAGGCAGAAUCAUGGCAAGGCAGAUUUGGCGCUUUCUACAAAUUUUGCUCUUGCUGCGUGCUCUUUGGCCGAUGCGCCGCUAUCAGCCGGGCGGCUGUCCACCUGCUCCAAGGCUUUGAGGCACGCCAUGGUGAAGGCCAUGCAAGAGCUGCAGCGGGAGCGCCUCUACGUGGUUGGAGGAUUGGAUAGCAGCUUUGCCGCUCUCGCGACGGUGGAGCGCUACGACCCUUUGGAGGGGUCAUGGGAGACUCUGCUACCGCUGCCUACUGCAAGACACGGGACUUGCUUGGCUGCUUUUGCAAGCCAUCUUUAUGUGAUUGGAGGAGAGGUCUCAGGCGUUGCACUUCGAGAUGUCCAGCGCUUUUGCCCUCGUGGUGCUCAAACAUGGGAAAUGAUGCCGGCACUGGCCGUGGGCCGAAUCAAAGCAGCAGCUGCAGAGUGCCAGGGCUGCCUCUACGUCAUGGGUGGGAAUGAUGGCUUUGGCUCUGUGAGCUCUGUGGAGUGCUUCGAUCCCUUGGCGGGCUGUUGGAAGGACGUGGCUCCAAUGCAGAAGCCCAGAUACGCCAGCUGCGCUGCGGCGCGGGAUGAUUGCAUCAUCGUCUUUGGCGGCGAGCUGACGGAGGCAGGGGCUGCAGCAUCGGUGGAAGUCUACGAUGCCCAGGUCAACACGUGGCAUUUGCUGCCAACAUUGCGCUCGCCCCUAUGUGGCUCUGUGGCGGUGCUGACAGAGGCCGGAGAUCAAGUGUACUGCUUCGGAGGCCUUGGUCUGAGUGGUCAAGCCUUGACCUUUGCAGAACGAGCAGUUCUGGGAUAUGAGGACCAGCAAGGGACGGCCUGCAAGCCAUCUUGGUCUCCGCUGCCUCCAAUGUUGACUGCAAGACAGCAGAUGUCCGCGUGCACAUUUGAGGAUGGCCUGGUCAUUGUUGGGGGCAAGGGCAUCACCUCUGAGGCCCAGGCCAAGGUGGAGUACUACUCUCAGUCCAGCGGCUGGCAAGCGCUGCCUCCGUUGCCCAGCGCGCGUCUUCGCUCCGCAGUCAUCGCAGGCAACCUGUGA